CCUCCGGUCUCAUAGUUAAAAACUCAGUCAAUCAGUGGAUUCUGGCGCAUGAGAUACUUUACGCGGAGAAUACUUUGGCACUUGUGACAACGUUGUAAGGUCUCGGAUCCACGACAACAUACAAAACAAAAAAAUCUGGAUCUUCUUCAGUGGUCGGGGAUGAUUGGGAUAUAAUGGGAAUUUUGGCACUCUGUGUGUUUGUAGCCGUGUUCAACUACAUUUCUGCCUCUACAGAAGUCUGCACCAAUACCCUGCUGCCUGGAGCAAAAGGAGACCAAGGUACGAUUGGAGAGGUGGGAGAAGAGGGGAAACUGGGAAAGAAUGGACCACCAGGACUUCCAGGAGUGUUAGGGGAGAUGGGGCUUGUGGGAGAGGUGGGCCACAUGGGAAAGAUGGGGCCUAUUGGAGAAAGAGGUAUCAAAGGUGAUCCAGGUUAUAUUGGGCCCGCUGGUUUGAAAGGGAAACCAGGCACAACCUGUGACUGUGGCAGGUACAGGAAAGUGGUCGGGCAGCUGGAUGUCAAUGUAGGCAAGCUGAGGAAUGCUGUCAAGUUUUUGAAGAACGUCAUCUUGGGGCUGAAGGAAACAGAAGAGAGAUACUACCUGCUGGUGAAGGAGUCUAAGAGGUUCGGAGAGGCUUCAAUGAACUGCAAGCUGAGAGGAGGUACCCUGGCCAUGCCAAAAACCAGCAACACCAACCAGCUCAUGGCAGACUAUGUCAGGCAGGCUGGACUAACAAGAGUUUAUAUAGGAGUGCAGGCUCAAAGCAAGGACACAGAUGGAACAAGGGCUCAAGUUUUUACAGACUCCAGUCCUCUGCAGGGUUUUGCAGCUUGGAGCCAAGAGGAGGAGCUAAAUUCCAGAGUAUCUCCUCCCACAAACUCCAGCUGUGUGGAGCUGCUCAGCUCUGGAACAUGGAGUCAUGUGGAGUGUGAAGCCGCCAUGUUUUUCAUCUGUGAGUUUCCAAAGAGCAGGAGAAGAGGAGCAGGGGGAGGAGGAGUAUUCUCAUGAGUCAAUGAAACAUUUAAACUUGCAUGCAAAAAAGACAUAGGUAAACAUAUAUAUCAUUUGUUGUGUAGAAUUAGUAAUUAAAUGUUGUAAAAAAAAUAUUGAAAAUGAAAAAUAGGUUGUGCCUGCAUUAUUGGAUUUUUAUUAUUUUACUUGAAGAAUGGUACAUCAUUUGCUCUGAUGAUCACAGACAAACAGGUUAACAUAGUGUUUCCCUGCUUUGGCCUUUCAACAUAUAAAUUCAAUAGGUCAAAAGGAGACAACUGUACAUUGUAAAUGUUAAUGUUGCGUCUUGGCUGAAGGGUGUUUAAAUAGGCAAAUGUUAGCUAGCAUGUUAACCAACUUUAUUAUUUCCAUAAUACAUGAGACUAUGUGUCUGUCAGCUUUCUGUAGCAUUCCAAAGUUACAGCUUUAAAGCAAAAGUAUUUUGCGGGUAUUUGAAAACCCAUAGCUUCACUGGAAUAUUUUCAAUUGAUAACGUUCAUGGAUUUUUAUUGGAAAUUAUCAUAUCUAAUUCUGUGUUGUAUUUUGUCAAUAUUACUUACUUUCAUUCAAAGCCCAGCAGUAAAGAGGCGCUACUGACAAUAAACAUUGGGGGGGAAGUAGCAUAACGGUCUGGCUGAUAGAGUCUUACACACAGGCUUAAAAAACAUAGGCCGAAGUUUAGGGGUGUCUGCAGGAAUCGGGUUAAGGUUUUGGUAAUUUCAGUACAAUUUCAUUUAAGUGCUUGAUGGUCUGGAUGGAUGGGAGAUCACAUUUCAAGCACAACAAUGGAAUAAAUGUCUGUGUUUGAAGCCAUAGCUAUAGAGCCAAAACAGGGCCAUGGCUUUUGCUUUAUGGUUGGCAAUGUUGAUCAGUCCACCAUUUUGAUCCGUACUGAAACAUCUGAAGUUUGUACAGAAAUGUUGUCCCCUGUGGACCAGUCCAAUUUAAUUUUAGUGAUCCCCUGACCUUUCCUUUAUGCUGCCAGAUUUGAUUAAUUCUGAGAAAUAUAUAAUUUACUAUAGAUGAAAUAGCACAUAUUUCUAGAGACAUUAAUGAUUUGGGUACAAUAAAUUACUUGCAUUUCCAAAUGUGUUGUUUAGGGGACAUGUCUCAACAACCACUGGUUGGAUUGCCAUUCAAUUUGGCAGGACAUUCAUGUUCUCCUCAGGAUGAAAUGUUAUCAAUUUGUGAAUCCUCCUUUUCCUUCCUUGCCAUAAAGCAAAGUAAAAAUAAUCAGGGGGGAGAUAAUUGCCAAAAUGUGUUAAUGUAACAUAGGCUGUUCCCCUAUUCUCCUUAGAUUCUUCCUCUUCUGUUCUGCAGAUGUUUCCUGCAAGCUAUCUAGUAAAGAGGGUGAAACAAGUUGCUGACUGCUAAAAAGCACUUUCAGGAAUUUUUAAUAUAUAACUUCCUCAAUUAUAUGUCACAUUUCUUUGGCAAUAAUUUCUUGCAAAAUCCCUGACGAAUACAUGGUAUUAUGCAAUAUGGGAGGGCAUUGUAACUUCUUCACAUCACGUGCAAUGUCAUAAACCAUCCUUAAACCAAGACAAGUACACAAUCCCUCUCCCAUUUGCGACCAGUUUUUGGUCAUGCAAUGAAAAAGCUGUUGACGGAUUUGAAAUGACAUUAGGAAGAAUCAAAUUAUUUUUGUUAUGUUGUUGAACAUAAACAAGUGGCUUUGA